UAAUUUCAAGCACUCUCCGUAUCUUUUUUGACGGCAGGGUCCAACUGCAAAAGUUAAACAUUGCAUCUCUGACUGUUUUAUCGUUUAAAAUCAUUUCCUUCCCAUCCUUCGAGUUGAAAGCUUUGGCGGAGAAGUUAAAUAAUGGCACCAUUACAAAAUGUACAGACUGCUGAAAAACCAGAUGAGCAGACGCCAGGAGUAAAGGCUGUAUUACUUGGGCCGCCAGGUUCUGGCAAAGGAACUCAAGCUCCAUUACUGGCGGAUCACUAUAAAGUGUGUCAUUUAUCAACUGGGGAUAUGUUACGUGCUAUGGUGGCCUCUGGAUCAAAGCUUGGAGAACAACUUAAAUCAGUAAUUAAUGAGGGAAAACUAGUUAGUGAUGAUUUAGUCAUUGAAAUAAUCAGUCAGAAUUUGGAUAAAGAAGCAUGUGCAAAUGGAUUUUUGCUUGAUGGAUUUCCAAGGAAUGUUAGCCAAGCAGAAGCACUUGAUGAUUUACUGACAAAGCGGAAAACUGCAUUAGAUUCUGUGAUUGAGUUUUCUAUAGAUGAUUCCUUAUUGAUUGAACGUAUCACAGGAAGAAGGAUCCAUCCUGCAAGUGGGCGGUCAUAUCAUGUAAAAUUUAAUCCUCCUAAAGUGACUAAUACUGAUGAUGUAACUGGUGAACCUCUCAUCACAAGAGCUGAUGAUAAUGAAGCAACACUAAAAAAGCGUCUUGACAGUUACCAUUCGCAGACCAGUCCAUUAGUAGAAUAUUACAGUAAAAAAGGUAUCCAUGAAGCUGUUAAUGCUUCUCAACCACCAAAAAUUGUAUUUGCUUGCAUUCGAGCAGCUUUUGCAAAAGCUACUUCGAAAGACAAAGUUAUGUUUUUUAGCCAUAAAUAAAAUUGAUUGAAUUUUGUCUGGUAAAAACAUCA